AUGAGAAUUUCUGCUGUUGUUUUCGGACUCUUGGUCUCCACCACUACUGUCGCUGCUGGUGACUGUUGGCAAGAUGCUUAUGGAAGAGGUGCUGGUAAUGUUAUCACUUCAUGUCCUGAUGGCUAAGAGAAGAAUGGAGCUCUUUGCUAUCCAAACUGCAAAGAUGGUUUCUAUGGUGUUGGUCCAGUUUGCUGGUAACAUUGUACUCCAGGUUUCACUGACACUGGUGUUGAUUGCCUUAAGCCAUCUUCAUACGGAAGAGGUGUUGGUUAUGCACUCUGGCACGAAAGCAAGUGCAAUGAGGAGAACCCAUAAGGCUGCGAAAAGUGGGGAGCUCUCUACUAUCCCAAAUGUAAGGAAGGCUUCCAUAACGUUGCAUGCUGUGUCUGCUCACCAGAUUGCGCUUCAGGCUUCACUGAUAUUGGAGUCUCAUGUCAAAAAGACUCAUACGGAAGAGGCGCAGGCUACCCACUCGGCUGUGCCAAAGGACUCGAGGAGUCAGGUGCUCUCUGCUAUCCACCAUGCAAAGGUGAUUACUCUGGAAACGGUCCAGUUUGCUGGCAAUAGUGCCCAGCAGGUAUGCACACCUGCGGUGCUCUCUGCACAUAAUCUGCUGACAAAUGCACUGAUGACCUUAAGGCUAUUGUCUCAAACGUCUCUACUCUUGCUACCGUCAUCACUAAGGCUGCCCUUGGUCAAAAGAUCGACAUGUCAGAAAUCAUUAAGGAUGCUGGUGGUGUUGCCUAUCAACUUGCCGAUUCUGUUUGCGAUCACCCAAGCCUAUUCACUCAAUGA